UGUGAGAGAGAUCAAUGGCGGCCACUCACGACCCAUCCCUUGCCCGCACACCGCAAUGGAUCAAGGAAUCCUCCUCCACCCACUUCGUCUCUUCUUCUAUCUCCUCCUCUGCAUAUAGAUCUCACUCCAAUCUGCCCUCCUAUCCCUCCGCCGAGCUUCCUCUCUGUCAGAUCCCUCGCUUUCCCCCUCCAAUCCGACCCAAUCCGAGUCCGAGAUGAGAGGAGGUGGCCUGUGGCAGCUCGGGCAAUGCCUCUCCCGGCGCAUCGCCCAAUCGAAGCCCGGAUCCGCCCUCAAACCCCGCACUUUCGCCGCCGCCCCGGCCGCCGAGCCGGCGGAGCUCAAGAAGACGGCGCUGUACGAUUUUCACGUCGAGAACGGCGGAAAGAUGGUGCCUUUCGCGGGGUGGAGCAUGCCUCUCCAGUACAAGGACUCCAUCAUGGAUUCCACCCUCAACUGCCGCGCCGCCGGGAGCUUGUUCGACGUCUCCCACAUGUGCGGCCUCAGCCUCCGUGGCCGCGACGCCAUACCCUUCCUCGAGACGCUCGUCGUGGCUGACAUCGCCGGGAUGCGCCCCGGCACCGGAUCGCUCACCGUCUUCACCAACGAGCGCGGCGGCGCCAUCGAUGACUCCGUGGUGACGAAGGUGCAGGACGACCACGUCUACCUGGUGGUGAACGCAGGCUGUAGGGACAAGGACCUGGCGCACAUCGGUGCGCAUAUGGAAGCUUUCAAGAAGAAGGGAGGGGUUGUCGAUUGGCACAUUCACGACGAAAGGUCGCUACUUGCCCUCCAGGGCCCUCUCGCUGCACCAGUUCUUCAGUUGUUGACAAAGGUGGAUCUGAGCAAAAUCUAUUUCGGUGACUUCCACACGUUGGACAUCCACGGAUCCCAUUGUUUUCUCACAAGAACCGGUUACACAGGCGAGGACGGUUUCGAGAUAUCUGUUCCAUCGGAGAAUGCCGUAGAUCUUGCCAAAGCCAUCCUGGAGAAAUCUGAAGGGAAAGUAAGGCCGACAGGAUUAGGUGCCCGCGACAGUCUUCGCCUUGAAGCUGGCCUUUGUCUAUACGGUAAUGACAUGGAGCAACACACCACGCCGGUUGAGGCUGGCCUCUCGUGGGCAAUAGGCAAACGAAGGAGAAAAGAAGGUGGCUUCUUGGGUGCGGACGUGAUCCUAAAGCAACUCGAGGAAGGACCACCAGUCAGGCGUGUCGGUUUCUUCUCGACAGGCCCACCCCCACGAAGCCACAGCGAGAUCUUCAGCAGCAGCGGUGAAAAGAUCGGAGAGGUGACGAGUGGCGGCUUCAGUCCCUGCCUGAAAAAGAACAUCGCCAUGGGGUAUGUCAAGUCAGGUGUCCACAAGCCCGGAACUGAAGUCAAAAUCAUCAUUCGCGGGAAGUCGAAUGAUGGUGUCAUCACGAAGAUGCCGUUCGUGCCAACAAAAUACUACAAACCAUCUUAGAUCUGUUUGAUUGAGCUUUGCUCGAUUUGAAUCCGUUCGAGAUAACCAACAACUACAAACUAAAGUUUCUGAUGUAAGACUUGAUGAACGAUAUAUCAUCGCGAUAGGAGCUACUUAUCGGAAAAUUAUCAUGCCAUUAUUCUUCUAA